UCGGCGUCCCUGCUCGAGAGAUUAAACAAACAAGGCCCGGUUUCACCAACGUCGCUUAACUUUAAGCUUGGUUUAAUUGGUUCUUCGUCUCUUUCCAACUGUUACUUUAGAAGGAGACAAACGCGAAUCAAACGGAGGUUAAAGUUUAAGCGACGUUUGGUGAAACCGGGCCCGAGAGUCUUAUUCGUUUGUUCUAUCUAUCGUUUUAAACAGGGAUGAGCCAAAAUAAGUUGACAAUACUAUCAUGACGUUUUCUUGUCCUUGAGAUGAUUCAUGAUGUAAUCAGAGAUCUCUAUACGAUGUAUCAGAUGGACUAGCGACUCGCAAUCAGCUCUACAUAUGACGAUGGAUCUCACUGUCCUGUGCUUGGUAAUUAUUUUUACGUUGAACGUCAGUCAUGGAUCUCGAGGACUUCGUAUACGACGUUUGGUUGGUGGACAGGACGCCGUCGAAAAUGAGUUUCCUUAUCAGGUGUCCUUAAGAUACUACGACUUGCAUAUCUGCAGUGGUGCACUUAUCAGUGAUAGGCACAUCCUGAGUGCUGCGCAUUGUGUAUGUGGCCUGAUAGAUGAACCUUCUGAAGAGCUCAACGUGCGCACUGGGAGCAUUAUUUUGAAAGGGGGCGAGAACCACGCUAUCAAAGAUAUCAAAUGCCAUCCUGAUUACAUAUAUGGCUCCGAGACGUCUUGGACGGCUGAUCUAGUUGUAAUUAUGCUUGCUAAACAAAUUUCCACAUCAUCUUCUCAAUCGCCAAUUGCUUUAGCAACGUGCAAUGCACCCGCUGGACGACACGCCAUUGUCAGCGGGUGGGGACGUGUUCAUCCAGUUAGUUGGCUGUCUCGAAACUUGCAAAAACUUUCGGUGCCAAUUAUCGAUAAUGACGUGUGUCAAACCUAUUAUAAAAACACUACUAUUCUCAGUUCCCAGAUUUGUACAUUUGAAAGAAAAGGUAUCGGCGCCUGCAAGGGCGACAGUGGUAGUCCUUUGGUAUAUAAUGGUAUACUAGUAGGCAUAUUUUCAUGGACAAGACCCUGCGCACUUGGUUUUCCUGAUGUUUUUACUAGGGUAAACCAUUUUAAGGAUUUUAUUGAAAAUGUAUUGCAAGACGAUUGAGUAAUAAAUGUUUCUGACGAUAAA